UAUUUAAUAAACGGUUUGGUAUAGUUUUGAUUGGUAAUCACGUAUUUUAAAAUUAGUAAAUACGUUACGAGCUUAAAUACUCAAAAAUAGUCGAGAGUACUUUUUAUUUAAAAAAAAAUCUAAUCUGUAACUUAUAUCUAACAGUUUAUAAAUAGCAGUAGCAUUAAAUUAUUUUUUUAAGCAUAUAUACGUGUUAUUAUCAAGCAAACCGGUUUCGUUAAGUAUGUUCUAACAUAUAUAUUUCGUCUCAAAUCUCAAUUGAGGAAAAUCGAAUUAGUGACUCUCAACUGUUACGAAAAUGUGGCUAAAAAAAUUUUUCUUGUUCUUAUUAUUCGAAAUCAUCAUCGCCGGAGAAGUUGGUGAUAAGUGCAUACCUAACGAUGAUGUUGAAGAAGGACUGUGCAAAUCUGUGAUAGAUUGUGAGGUAGCAAUAAGAAUAAUCCAACAAUCUGGAAACCAUCCUUUUAGAAGAUGUGGUUUUUAUAAAGAUAUGGAAAUCGUGUGUUGCCCGACUACAAAUUAUGUUAUACCAAAACCAACAAAAAGACCUACUGUCCGACCAGACCCAACGGCUGAUAAAUUUGGUGAUACAAAUACACGCUCUCUAAGAAUUGCAGAUAAAGAAUGCCAGAAGAUAGUGGAGACAAGCUUGCCCCCAUUGGGCUUACAUAUAAUUGGUGGCGAAACUGUAUCACUUGGGGAAUUUCCACACAUGGUGGCGCUAGGGUAUGAACGAACUGAUGGCUACGACUUUCUGUGCGGCGGGUCGUUAGUAUCGCGAACAUUCGUCCUUACAGCUGCUCACUGCGUGGACACCUUGGAUCAAGUGAAGCCGAGUAUAGCUCGCAUGGGAACAAUAGAAAUUGGUGAUAGACAGUGGAGCGACGAGACAGAUGGUAGAAUAAGUGAAAUUAUAACACACCCGUCAUACAAGAGGCGUACAAAAUACCACGAUUUGGCGUUACUGAGGUUAGAAAGUCCGGCACAGUUUUCAACGAAUUUAAACCCUGUAUGCCUGUAUACUAAAAAUGAUAAUCCUAGAGUACCACUAACGAUCACCGGUUGGGGUAAAACUAGUACCACAAGAGACAUCAAAAGUACAAUAUUGUUGAAAGCUAACGUGACAGUUGUACCAAGAGCUAAAUGUGGUGAAUCUUAUACUAACUGGCGGAAACUGCCCGUGGGUAUUUCCGAAGAACAGAUCUGCGCGGGAGACCCUCAAGGACUGCGCGAUACUUGCCAGGCACACUCGGGCGGCCCGCUGCAGGGGCUGACGGAGCGCGACGGGCAGUACCGGCUCGUGGGCAUCACGUCGUUCGGUCGCGGCUGCGGCUCGCCCGUGCCCGGCGUGUACACGCGCAUCUCGCACUACCUCGACUGGAUCGAGAGCAUCGUCUGGCCGGCCACUAACUGACAACUCGACCAGAUUCGCUUUCUUAAUAAUAUUAUGGACACUUAGUGGUAAAAUGUAAUAGAGAAUUUAACUAUACAUUUAUGUGUACUUGUACGAUGCACAAUUUCGUAUCUAGGAAUCGGUAUAUCAGGUGACGCCUAUAAUUCCCAAAUCCCACUUAAUUCAUUGUCUUUUGGGACGACUCGACACAUAAUAUAUUACGCCUUCUUUCAAAGCGCAGUUAUUUGACAACGCAGAGUCCACAUACUGGCAGAUUUUUCCGAGAUCCUUCACAAUUCAGAUCUGUCAAGUGAGCAAUUUAUAUUAACUUUAUUAUAUCAUAAAAAUAUAUUAGUACAAAAGUUGGAGCCCUUGACAUAUUUCCCUACUAUUUUCGUCAUUUUUAGAAAGAUUCUGAAGCCUUUGACAUCGUCAGAAAUAGACAUGAGUAAUGUACUGUAUAAUAGUACCCUUUUUUUAUACAAAUUUGACAAUGCAGCUUUACCAUUGGAGAUGCUUCUGGUCUGGGCUUUUAUGUUUUUGAUGGCACUAUUGACAAUGUCUGCCAAAUAAGCAAUAUUUAUGGAAAUUUGCACACCAGUUCCCGAAUUAUAGCAUGAUUUGUCCGUUAAAUUUUUAUAAAGCCGAUUAAUUUAUCUGAAACAAAAAGUACAGACAUUUGAUGUAUUGUAAAUUCCUAAUAUUAAAUUGCUCUUGUGACGUCAUAGUAGCAAAAUGUGGCACGUUAGUACCUAUCUCUAUAAAUAUUUGCUUAAAAACCAAUAACGUUUUAUUUUUCUUAAAUAAUGGUUAUUUUAUUCUAUGUUUAUCAAUAAGCCGUAAUAUAUUGAAUAUAUUCAAAAUUGUUUUAACUCAUAUGGUGCAUAACACUAGUCAAUGUAGAUAAACGAAGCUCUCUAUUUUUAGUAAUACUGUGAUUUUAAUAUUUUUUGUCUUAGCAUAUUUUUAUAUAUAUACCGAAGAUGCCGAAUGUAUUGUGAAAUGUGAAUAAAUAUUUAUACUUUUUUAA